AUGGAAAACAAAACAUUUCUCUAUUUAAUUUUAUUACUUGCAAUCAUUCUGAAAAAUGAGAAUUUUUGUGCUGCCACUACAAGUAUCAAAGUGGAUGGCUAUGUUUAUUGUACUAACUGUGGUUCACUCUCUCAGAGUGGCAUCUUCAAUGCCAAGGUAAACCUGGUUUGUCCAGGAGACAGUCAUUCAUCAUUUACAAAUAGUAGAGGAUACUUUGAUAUCUUUGAAUUAGUGAAGACUGGAACAGAUAUUGGGAGUUGUCGAGUGAGUGUGGAUCCAAGUAGAGCACCCCGGGGGUGUUCUUUCUUAACAGACAUAAAUGGUGGAUCAAGUGGCCAAUCCUUAAGCACAUGCACCAAUAAUGGAAAUAAUAAGUUCACUUGUGGACCUUAUUAUUUUACUCCAAAUGCUUGUUCACCUCCACCACCACCAAGUUCUCCACCUCCACCACCACCUAGAAAACCACCACCACCACCCCCUAGAAGACCACCCCCACCACCAACAACAACACCUCCACCACCACCACCUAGAACACCUCCACCACCACCACCAAAAACACCUCCUCCACCACCACCUAGAACUCCUCCACCACCACCACCAAGAACACCGCCACCACCACCACCAAGAACUCCUCCUCCCCCACCACCUAGAACACCUCCUCCCCCACCACCAAGAACACCUCCACCGCCACUGUCUAGUUUACUCUCGGUUGGGCUCAACUCGAGGGGUAGGGUGUCAAGAGAGCGAAGUUCGCAGGAGAGCUAUGGUUUUCAGCUUCCAUUCAUGAGGGUGUGA